CAGCAGCAGCAGCUGCUGCAGCAGACGCAGCAGCAGCAGGUGUCCAGGCCCAGGGGACGCAGGGGCGCCUCCAGCAAACCCAGGGCCGGCCGCGCGCGCAGCCCCACACAGCUGCUGCGGCUGAAGCGGCACCGGCGCAUGAAGGCGAACGACCGCGAGCGCCACCGCAUGCACCUGCUGAACGAGGCGCUGGACCGGCUGCGCUGCGUGCUGCCCACCUUCCCCGAGGACACCAAGCUCACCAAGAUCGAGACGCUGCGCUUCGCGCACAACUACAUCUGGGCGCUGAGCCAGACGGUGCGCAUGAUCCACAGCCAGCAGCAGCAGCAGCCGGACGACCCCGCGUCCGCGACGGCGCCGCCGCCCGUGACGCUGAGCGUGGGCAGCGUGACCGUGAGCAUCGGCGGCGAGCGCGGCAACCUCAUCACCUCGAGCAGCGGCAGCUGCGCCGUCGCGCAGCAGCGCAGGCUCCAGGGCCAGCAGCUGUUCGCUGCCUCCAACGCUCCAGCCUGCACCAGCCUGCACGACGACACCUGCUCCAGCUACAGCGACCUCUCCGAGUGCUACGGCAGUCCGCCCUCCUACCACCCGCACCACUCAAUGUACCAGUGCAUGUGA